AUGAGGGAGAAGUGUAACCGCCUCACCCCCUGCGCCACCUGCGUGGCACGCAGCACCCCUCAAGAGUGCAAAUACGCAGCCCCAGACACCGACCGCCAGGCCAUCGCGCAAGCCGAGCUGAUCGCGGGGCUGCGCAGCCGGGCGAACCAGCUCCGCGACCAGCUGGGCAUGGCGCGGGGAAUGGAAAUCUUCGAGAUCGACGAGCACCGGGAUUCCCCGGAGUCGGACACUGAGCAUGAAGAAGAACAACAACAACAACGUCAUCCACAAUACGCGCCGAUUGAGAAUGCAAAUGGCGAAGGAUCCGCGAAACGGAGGGAAGAGGAUCAACUCGCGGAGUUGGAGGUGGUGUAUGCGGCGUUGAGGUGGGGGACUGGUGCAACGGUCGAGGAAGUCGUGCGCAGGAUCCGGAGAGGGGAGCACUUGGGCGAUAUCGCUCAAGGGGUUGAGUUGGGGAUGGGCCCGGCGUUGAGGGAUGGGGUGGUGGUUUUGGAUUGA